AUGGCAGUUGAGAGUGAAGUCCAUGGCACCUAUGAAGUUCACUUCACCAAGAAAACCAUCGUAAAAGCUAUCGGGCCUUUGCCGGAAUCUCAUGUUCUUACCCUCUCAAACCUUGACCUCCUUUCCGGCCGCUUUCCCGUAACAUACUUCUAUUUCUACCACAAUCCCCUCGUUGCUAACUUCACAUCAAUCAUUGAGGCCCUCAAAUUCUCGCUUGCCAAAACUCUAAAUCAUUUCUACCCAUUUUCUGGUCGAAUCAUUGAAAACCCAAGCACUAGUGAGCCUGAAAUCAUUUGCGACAAUAGUGGUGCUCUUAUUGUGGAAGCCUGUGCUAACAUCGCUCUAAAAGAGCUAAACUUCUACAAUCUCAACCAAUCUCUCCAGGGAAAACUAGUCUCUAUCAACCAUGACAUCCCAUUGCAAAUCCAAGUAACACGUUACACUUGUGGAGGCAUAGCAAUAACCUUCACAUUUGACCAUGCACUAGGUGAUGCUAGUGCCUUCAGUAAGUUUCUCAUUACAUGGUCUGAAAUAGCCAGGGACAAGAAAAUUUCUUGCACACCUGAUCAUCGUAGGUCUCUUCGUGCCCGAUUUCCUCCUACUUAUGACCCAUGGGUGGACCAAGCGUUCAUCUCCUGCACCAUGGAAGACAUAUUAAGCAUACCAAUGAAGAACAUCUUGCUCAAGCGCCUUUAUCAUAUAGACAUAUCAAGCAUCAAUCAGUUGCAGAGGAUAGCAUCUAUUGACGGUAGCAAAAGAACCAAAAUCGAGGCUUUCUCUGCUUAUGUUUGGAAGGUCAUGGUUCGUGCCGUUGAUGAAAGUCACAAACACUGCAAGAUGGGUUGGUUAGUUGAUGGACGAACUAGAAUGAGUAAAGAUCAGAACUCCAUGUCAAAUUACAUUGGAAAUGUCUUGUCACUGGGCUUUGGAGAGGCAAGCAUGGUUGAAUUGAAGAAUGGGUCCUUAUCAGAUGUUGCCAAGAUUGUUCAUGAGGCGAUUUCCAAGGUAACUAAUGAGACUCAUUUCUUGGACUUGAUUGAUUGGAUUGAGUGUCAUAGGCCUGGAUUGAUGCUAUCUAAGAUCGUCUUAGGUCGUGCCGGUCCUGCUCUUGUUGUGUCAUCGGGACGAAGGUUUCCAGUAGUUGAAUUAGACUUUGGCUUUGGAAGUCCGGUGCUUGGGACCGUCUGUUCUACCAUAGAAAGGAUUGGAGUUGGUUAUAUGAACCAGAGGCCAAGUGCUAGAGGUGACGGUUCUUGGACUGUAUCGGCAAUCUUAUGGCCGGAAUUAGUUGCAGCCCUUGAGUCAGAUUCUGAACAUGUUUUUCAGCCCAUGACUUCAAAUCAUCUUCAGCUGUAGUCCUGUUUCAUACCUUAAGUAUAAUAUGCAAGGAAGUGUGUAUCAGUGUAAGAGUUUAGCCAUUGUAAGGAAAUGGUACUGAAGCAAUAUAGUGACAAGCACAUGCUGUGUAUCAUUUCAAGUAGAUACUUUUUUAGAUACCUGUAACUAAGGAAAAGAACAAAAAGUAUAUAUUGUUCUUCUGUUUUUUGUUGUGUGCAUGUUAACAUUAGAGUGUGCAUAUAACAAAUGUCAAAUGUGUAAUAUAAGAUUGGAGUCCUUGUUUUUUAA